AAUGUGAUCGCGUUCUUCCGCACGUUGGCCUCGCUCUUCGAGGCUGCAUUUCGAUAUAUAACUAAAGAGCGAUCACUGCCCCCUUAUCCAUUUCAACCCAUUCAGUGUCUGUGACAGUUCCAUUCGUGGAUUCACCCCUGGUGACAGCAACCCAAAAAUCGAGAUUUUUCAUCUUGCCGAAAACCACCCCUAAAUCAACAUGAAAGUAGUAAUUUUGUUCUUCGUCAUCUGCCUGUCAGCCAUUGUCAGGGGUCAAUUUUCAAACUUCGGCCAGUUCGGAGGAUUUGCAUUGGAUUCUGCACUCACAUCCGUUAGAGAUCCAAGACAGAACCCUGGACCAGUAGUCUUUCCACCUUCACCACCAGACAACGGUGAAACCAGUGGAGUAGUAGUAGGAGCAUCAGGAUUCGGAUUUGUACCCCCAAGUGCGCAGAGUCCUUCACUCAAACAGCGUUAACGUUUCAAAAUGGACAAGGAUACAGGAGUUUCUUUGGAUUCUACUGAUGCAGUACCGACAAUCUGAUUAUGGAUUAUUUGUCUCAAAUGCGAAUGGUUCUUACCAAGGAUUGUCGAAAUUGUAAAUGUUAAAUGUUAGAAUAAUUAUUUAAAGAAUUAUGUUAAGGAUGUUGUGCAAUGUUAUUUAUUAAAUUUGUUUUUAGAAAA